AUCACACAGUUUUAUUUCAGUUGGUUGAAUGAACUGAUUUAGUAAUUGUGACGUAAAAAUCAGAAUGCACUUCUUAUAUUAGUAUUUGUGCUGAAUCAGCCUCACGUGCAGAGGGGUUAGUGGUUUCUCCGUUUGAUUUAUAGUGCAAUAACAUUCUCUCUGCCGCAGUUGUCAAGUGGGAACCCUGUAUAUGAGAACUUGUACAGACAGGUGGACCCUGGGAAUACAGGGAGAGUAGGACCAACAGAAGCUGCUUUAUUCUUGAAAAAGUCUGGACUUCCUGAUAUUACAUUGGGAAAGGCACAAAGUCACAGAGUACAGCCCUGGAAGUGGCUCAAAGGCACAGACUGACAGAUGUACUGCACAGCUAUAGGUUAGCAAGACAGAUGCAGAGAGAUGCUCUGCAAUGCUGGCAGAUCAACUUAACACGACGAUCUGGGAUUUGGCUGAUCCUGAUGGCAAAGGUUAUCUGGACAAACAGGGGUUUUAUGUAGCUCUACGGCUGGUGGGCUGUGCCCAGAGCGGUCAGGAAGUUAGUCUGUCCAGCCUCAACCUCACAGUCCCUCUCCCCAAAUUUAAGGACACCAGCAGUCCGUCUCUAAGCAACACAUCUGCCUCCAGCGAGUUACACUGGGCUGUCAGGCCUGAGGAGAAGAGUAAAUUUGAUGGAAUUUUUGAAAGUCUGGCUCCAGUCAAUGGCCUUCUUUCAGGAGAGAAGGUCAGACCAGUCCUGAUCAACUCCAAACUUCCUCUGGAUGUCCUUGGAAAGGUUUGGGACCUGAGUGAUAUAGAUAAAGAUGGGCAUCUGGACAAAGAUGAGUUUGCAGUGGCCAUGCACCUGGUGUAUCGGGCCCUGGAGAAAGAGCCUGUCCCAGCCCUCCUCCCUUCUGCCUUGGUCCCCCCGUCUAAGAGAAAGAAGAGCCUGGGCUCCGUGGCUGGUCCUGUGCCUGGACUGCCUGCAAGCCCACCACCAACGAAAGACUCUCUGCGCUCCACGCCCUCCCAUGGCAGCAUGAACUCGCUCAACAGCACCGGCAGCCUGUCACCCAAGCACUCAACGCUCAAGUCUGGACAGCAUUCAGCGACCUGGGUGGUCCCAGUGUCAGACCGUGGGCGCUAUGACGACAUCUUCCUGAAGACUGAUGCUGAUCUGGACGGUUUUGUCAGUGGACACGAAGUAAAGGAGAUCUUCAUGCAGUCUGGACUUUCUCAGAAUGUCCUUGCUCAUAUAUGGGCUCUGGCAGACACAAGGCAGAUAGGAAAGCUCACUAGGGAGCAGUUUGCCCUCGCCAUGCAUCUCAUCCAGCAGAAAGUCAGCAAGGGUGUAGACCCUCCCCAGUCCUUGACUGCUGACAUGAUACCCCCUUCUGAGAGAGGCACUCCUGUACCAAGUAUGUCAGGAUACAUGACUCCAGUGGGUUCAGAGAUGGCUGCUCUGUCUGAGAUGAGACGGGACAGCUCCAGUUCAGUGGGUUCAGGGGAGUUCACUGGCAUCAAGGAGCUGGAUGACAUCAGUCAGGAGAUAGCCCAGUUGCAGAGGGAGAAAUACACUCUUGAACAGGACAUCAGGGAGACAGAGGAAGCCAUCAGACAUAAGAGUGCAGAGAUGCAGGAGAUGCAGAAUGACUUAGACAGAGAGACAGCCAGCCUGCAGGAGCUGGAGGCACAGAAACAAGAUGCCCAGGACCGCCUGGACGAGAUGGACCAGCAGAAACAUAAAUUAGAAGACAUGCUGAACGAAGUUCGGAUCAAGUGCCAGGAAGAGUCUCAGAUGAUUUCAACUCUUCAGAGUCAAAUCCACUCCCAGGAGUCAGACUUGCAGAGCCAGGAGGAAGAGCUGAGCCGAGCAAAGGCUGACCUGGGCCGGCUGCAGCAAGAGGAGAACCAGCUGGAACAGAGCCUGGCUGCUGGCAAGAUCCAACUGGAGACCAUCAUCAAGUCUCUGAAGGCCACUCAGGAUGAGAUCAACCAGGCUCGUAGUAAGUUGACCCAGAUUCAGGACAGCCAGCAGGAAGUGUCUAAAAGCAUUGAGCAGUACAACAACACCUUGAAUGGAACACAUGGAGGAAGUAUGACCAACCUUGCUGACAUGAGUGAAGGCUUUGACAGAGAGAAUGGAGGAUUCCCUGCCAUGGUGAGGACAGCACAGGAGGAUCCAUUCAAAGUGAAGCCAUCUGUGUUAAACAGCCAGCCUCAGGAGCUUCCCACUGACCCCUUCCACUGUGAAGACCCCUUCAAAACAGACCCAUUUAAAGGUGACCCUUUCCAAAAUGACCCUUUUGUAAAACAGCCAUCAGCAUCCACAGAUCCUUUUGGAGGAGACCCAUUCAAAGAGACAGAUCCAUUCAAGGCUUCAACUGAAGAUUUCUUCAAGAAGACCACAAAGAUGGAUCCCUUCUCUACACCAGACCCUUUCAGUAAAAGUGCAACAUUACCCUCCAAGCAAAACAGUCACUAUACAAGCAAUGAUCCAUUCUCUUCAAGCAACCCAAAACCCAAAGGACCAGACCUGUUUGGUACAUUGGACCCAUUUGGCAGCAGUUCGUUCAGCAGCAACAGUAACAGCUCUACUGGAUUUGCAGAUUUUAGCCACAUGUCAAAGCCGAGAGACCCUUUUGAAGGCAGGGCAAGCUGGUUGCCAGACUACCAGAAGUCGGUGAUUGUAGAUGACCCAUUCAGCCGGAAAAGUGACACACCAGCCCUGCCACCGAAGAAAAGUGUUCCCCCAAGACCCAAACCACCCAGUGGUAAGAAUACACCAGUGAGCACAGCUGACCUUUCCAAACCAUGUGACCCCUUCCAGCCGUUCAGCAGUGAUACCAUCGACCCGUUUCAGAGUAAAAAGGGCCUGGGAGACCCAUUCAGCGGCAAAGACCCUUUUGCGCCAUCUUCAGCAUCAAGACCUGACAAAGUCAAGUUUGGGAAUGAAGCUCAGCAAUUGGAGUGGGCUAAGCGUGAGAGUGAGCGAGCAGAGCGUGAGCGGCUGAAGAGGCUCCGACAGCAGGAGCAGGAAGACCUGGAGCUGGCCAUUGCACUCAGCAAAGCUGAGAUGUCCAGCUCGUGACCUGGAACCCUCACCACACACAAAUACUCACACAGCAAUUAGACAGACUAACAUGCCGGCAAUCAACUGACAUCUAAAUACUCAGACAAAGACAAAAAUAAAAAAAAAAAAAAAAAACAUCACUGGCCUAACUCUCAAGUGUUGAAAACUCUGGUCUCACACACAACUUGUAUUUCCAAUAUUGACAUUGCUUUACUCUCAAUAACAUUGUUUUGCUGCCAAAUCUACGUUAAAAAUAAGACGACAGAGCUAAUAGCCGAGAACUCAUCACUGCAAAACUCAGCUGACAGAACUGGAGGUGAAGGAGGAGGAGGAGGCAAGUGGGGUUUGAUGGAAAUAGUCACAUGCAUUUUGUAUAUGUGUGUAAUGUGAUGGGUCCAUUUACUGGACUGUAAUCGACAAGCUAAUCGUUACCGAUGGAACACCUCGACAGUUUGAAUUUCGAUGUGUUGUACUGACUUAGUAGCAAAAUGACAAAUAGAUUGUUUUCUUCAGCUCAAAGAACCAGUAACACUACAGUUCAAACUGCCAAGGUGGUUCUUAAGGCCCAAGCGUACUGAAAACAUCUGAUGCGUGCAUUUUGAAUUACAUGUGUUGUUUUAAAUGACUGAACGUGCACCAAAAGCAUUAUGUGGCACAUGCUUUUUUGGCCUUCAAAAGGGAUUUUUUUUUUCAGUUAUGUACAAGACUGACAUGGAUAUGUCAGGUACUGAAGAUGUAGUCUGUGUCAGUAUUUAGUGUCGAGGGGUUUUUUUGCUGGUACGCAAAAAUGCUGCAGAAUAUGAUGUUUAUUAAGUAUUUUUUCACAGAAAAGCAUAUAGGGAAGACUUUUUUUUAUGAGGAAAUGCUGUCACUAAACCAGACUGAGAUAAGAAGUGAGAAGGUGGAUACUAGUCGAGUUUUUCUCAUUUCUGCUGUAAGAUAACUGUUUCCCUCUGUACAAAGAUGACAAAACUCUACUGGAUGUACAGAAAUGAAACUGAUAUUGAUCUCAUCUGGUUCUCGGUCAGAUUUCUUUUUAGUUUUAUAGCACACCAAUAUCUACCGUGAGAUGGGAGUGUUGCACCUGAAGGACGUAUGAGGCUGGAUUAUUGACCAGGCGACUGGGAGACCCUCAGGUGGUCUUGACUCCAUGUUGACUGUGGCCCUAAGACUUGUAGUUUGUGGUAAUUUAUUUCAUCACAGAUUUCUUUAGGAAUAUGCUGUGGACCACUGAAGCACAUUGUAAACUUAAAUGAUAAGGGCCCCAAGGCGCAACUUGUGUUAUUACCUAUUCAUGAGGUGUGGUGCCAUGAAGGAACAGAAUUAAAAUGGGCACUUUUGUGAUUGUGCCCGAGAAACCUAACGCCUCCCUUCUGUAACACGGACUUUCUGUUGUAAAUGUAUUUUCUUGAAGCCCAGACUAAGACAACCCCAGUAUGACAUUAUCGGGACAUUUGUUUUUUUCAGGCUGAAAAAUGUCUCCCCCUUGGGCUCAGUAGGUAGGGUCAAUUCCUGGCCUGUGUGGUCUACAUGUCCUUGGGCAAGACACUGAACCCCAAACUGCUCCCUAUGGCUGUUCCAUCAAUACGUGGGCUUGGUCUGAGUGGUUAUCUCUCCAGAUGAGCAGGUGGCACCUUGCAUGCCUCUGCCUCUAUCCUCUGCCACCAGUAUAUGAAUGUGAUGCAUUGUGGUGAUCUGUCAGGCUGGAGGAGUCCAAUAUAAGUACAGUCCAUUUACCAUUACCAUUUUAGCCACAGAUGGCGGUAUACCACUCCCUAACUCCUCCAGAGUCGGUGGUCAGUACUACAGGCUGAGCAGUACUGGCCUUGUAGAAUGACCAUUAUGUUUAAUUUUAAGGCUUUAUUAGCUGUUGGUGUUAUUAUUUUUAUUUUAUUUUUAUUUUUUUUGCAUGGUGCAGCUUACAUAAUGGUGUGCGUCAUCAAAUUACCACAAACUAAUACUAAUUACCAACUAAAACAUGCAUAACGCACACAGGAGAGAAAUGGGGAGCCAUUAGGGGCCUGUUUUUUGUACUAAGGACCCCUUGAGGGUUAAAGGGCCUUGAGUCCAGAGGGUCCAUAGGUUUGAGAUAGUCAUGCAAAUACUCAUCCCUCCUUUGGCUCAGAGACUCCUUGUUUGUGAACUUUUAACCAACAUUAGUUGGAUUUGUUCAUAUUUCACUCAUGUCAUAUUAUGGGAGGAAGGCAAAAGUAACUGCUCUUCAGGUGCAUCAAAAAAAGACAAAACACAAAAAACAGAUGAAGAUCCAACACACUGGUUCCCUCUAAUGUGACAUCUACCUGACAGAUGAAAGUAAUAGUUUCAGCUGUCAGCAUAUCCCAUGGAGUUACCGUAACAAGUUGUACAGAUAUGUUUUCUUUGUCCGUGAGUGUGGAGGGUUUAUUGUGAUGGCUUGCAAUACCCUCUCUCCCUCUGUCCAGUGUAUAUAGAUUACAGAGCUAGCUAUGGCUCUUCAUGACAGCUGUGAUCUGAUCCCAGUGCUGUCACACCACAUCCAGCAAAUGAAAGACCAAAUGAGGGAGUUCGUUUUUCUAUGUUUGACCUUGUUUUCUUUUUAGAAACCAAGGGAUUUCAGUUUUUAUUUCACGAGCUGGUUAUUUUAUUAUUUUAUGUUACUAUUUUGACAUGUUUUGUUUUUAAAAGGAUAUCCAAAUUGAUGAAUAUGUUUUGUGUUAUAAUUUGUAACUGAGUUUUACUGUGUCACUCUAUUGCACCGCAGCCAGAAAACAGAGUGCUUUGGAAAGGUUUGAAACUGUUUGAAAUCAGGUGUCAUUAGGCUGGAAGUAGUGCUAUUUCUCAUGUGUCACACAUUUGCUGUUCCGACACGGACUUAACCACUCACCACUUUUUAUACGAGAUAGCCCUUUUACUUGAACUGGUGUCUGAUGGUAGACUAGAGCUUGAUGUCCUGUGGACUUAAAAACAGAACAGACUCUGCUGAACUUAUUCCAAUAGCUGAACAUUUUCUUUAAGAGCCCCUCUGUUGUAGUUAAAAAUGUUAUGCUAUUUUAUAUAUGCUAGUAUAUAUGCUCCGUGUCCAUAAGUAGUCAUAUGCUUCAGUCAGUGUUUUGCCACAUGUAUGCCCUGCAGUGGAUUCUGCUCAGAGCAUGUAUGUUCUCUUAAACAUUACUUUAAAAGAUGAAAUAUUGAGUUUUAUUUUUAUUACCAUAAUCAUAGGGAGAAAGAAGUCUUACACUUAAAAGCAAAGCCUGUUGACUUUCUUAGUGUUUAUUAUAGAGACUGGUUGUAACCACUAGCAGUAGUUUGGUCUCAGAACUGUCAUAUUAUGUAAUACAGUGCUCGAUGCCACUCUCGCUUUGUUCAUUAAAUCUGUUUCUGAAAGACUUUUGAAAAUUCACACUCCCCGUAACAACCUCCAAGGCAGAAAGGCAGGCACAGAGGAACACAAAGCAUGAUUUUGAAAAAUCUCAGGAUUUCGAGAGAAACAAAAUUGAGACAAAUGAAUGAACUAGUUUGUCAUGAUAAGAUUUCAUUUUAUAUUGUUUGAAUUGACUUGCAAGGAAGUAACUUCUCUGUAUAUAGUAUUUUUUUACUUAUUUUACUCAUGCCUGAUUUGUUGUAUUCUGCCUAAAAUCUUGCUAAAUGAUUUCCCACGAUCGGGGGAGUUGAUAUUUUCAACCUUCUUCCCAUAACACAUUUUAUGACUGCCUAUUUUAUCAAAAUGUCAAGGUUCUGUCAAAUAUCCAUCCAGGACUGUAAUACAUUAUGAUCUUGGAAGUCAGGUCUAGGUCUCUGUAAGAUGUUAACAAGCUGUAUCUUGGCUUGAACUCCACAACAAAUGAAGUACUUUUUAAUCCCAUUAUAGUACAAACACAUUGUGAUGAAAAUUAAUUUGUGACUACUGGGAUAGUGUGUACACUGGGUCUUGGUAUUGGGUCACAGCAGCCUUAAAAAAGGCUUUGCACUGACUAGUAUGGCAAGAUGCCAUGAUAUUUAUUGUUACCUUUGCUUUUCCAGUAACGUCAGUGAACAAAAUCAUGGUAAUGAGAGGUUCAUCAACGACUGAAAUACUGAACAAUUUUCCCUCAAAUAUACUGUGUGCACCUGCCUUUCUGGGUUAAAAAAUGCUCUUGUGAAGUCAUCUAAACGGGACAUACUAGAUAGAAUACUAGAGUUAAUUUGCAGCCACUGAUUAUGCCAGAUAGAAAUGUGAACUGCCUCUCCCUGCCAUUUUUUUUUCUCGUUUACAUAUCAUGAAUAUUUACUUUGUUGUUACAAACUGUGUACUUGUAAGGGAGCACUGUCCCUGGUGUGAGCUUCUCUAAGCUGUAUAUGGCUAACACCUCCUGAAGAGCUUUCACUACCUCUAAGCUGUUAAAAGCAUUUUGAAACUUUGCCAUGCCCCAUUUACCCCUUCAUUGCAUCUGUUUUCAUUCUGUCGGUAACUGUUAGCUGUCCGCUAACAAACUAGCUUAUUGUCAGCCUUUCCUCAUUACUUUUGGUAAGGAAUGCCAAAACUUGUCACCUGUUUCUUUACAAGUUAUUUUAAGUUUAUAGUAAGUGCCACCUACAGUAUAAUUCAAUUUAUUUCAGUUUAUUAAUAUAGCGCCAAUUCACAACAAAAGUAUAAUACAGAUGUUAUUGUAUAUGUUACUUAUUUUCAACUAGUCCCACAAAAAGACUGAAAUCAUCAUAUUAGCCUCUAGGCUACUGAACAUGUAUGUCUUAAAAGUCACAAAAACAAAUCACAAAUAUGUAAGAAUUUUAUAGUUCAUUUUUAAAGGCUGAGUUAAAGCAGCCGGGUAUUGUAGUUUUUAGUGUUAUGUUAAAGCUAACAUUAUGUUACAUGCUGCUAACUGCCAACAAGCUAGUUUGUUGCCAGCUUUUACCCAUUGGUUCAAUACAUUAACAUGCUCAUGUUAAGUCAUUUCCAGUUAACUGAAGCACCACCAGUUUAUUUACAACGUGUCAGGCAUCUUGCACUGUGAAAAAUAAGACUAAUGUUCAAAAUGUCCUUUUAGAGGCUCAACUGCAAAAUUCAGCUUUCAAAGUAACACCCUUUGUGAAACAUGGGACAGCAAUUUACAAUGUAGAGUAGAUUUGAAUGUCGAUGGUACAUUCUGCUCUGGGAGGAGCUUUUGGUAACUUGUGAUAUUUUCUUAUGCAUCUAGGAAGCAGAGGAAUUCAUGUAAAAUAAGGCUAUGAACAUGAAAUGCUAAACGCUGACCGUAGUACCUCCCAGAUGCAAAACUUAGUACUUGAAUAUUAGAAAACCUUGACAAAAACAGUUUACUCAGUAUGGGUUUUUCUGGAGCUUUCAAAAAACACCCCAUAGUUGAAAGCUCAGGAAAACAUUAUUUUGGCCAAACUUCUAUUUCCAAGGUCACGAAAGAACUUCAUGUUCAAGUAGAAAAUCUGUGUUCAUGCUAACACACUCACUGAAAACUAGGACUGGGUAUCAUUUGAAACUUUUUGAUUCUAGUGGGGAUACAAUACCUUUCAAUAUCAAAACAAUACUUACACUUAAAUUAGUCUGAAAUUCGUAUACUUAAAUCAGUAAAAGUAUGAGACGGUCUUAACAAAUCAGAAAAUAUUUUUAAUGCCAUCUGAUUGUAUUUUUCAACACUCAGUGCUACGGACAGAUUUUUGUCAGUACCAGAAUGUAUUGACACGUGAUACUCAGCCUGCUGUGAACUGUGAGCCUACAUCUGUUUUUUUGCUUCUGUACACAUCCCUCUGACCCCUGCUUGGAGUGGUGAGCUCCAGAUCAGCACCAUCUUCCAUACUGUAUUUGUCAUCUGAUAUCUCCACUGUGCAAUAGAUAAUGUUUAUUUUUACUGUUUUUUUGUGUGUAUUCUGUGAAACCAGUGUGAUGUUUUUGUUAUGUAGCAUAUGUUUUUAAUGUGAUUAUUUAUGCACCUACAACCACCUCCUCCUCUGUCCCAACUUUGUAGAGAAAGGUUCAUGCUUUGAUUUCAUUUUGCGAGCUACAGAAUCUACCUUUUAUUUUCAGCAUAAUUUUUAUCUAUAUGAGGCAAAGACUGUGGUGGUGUUUAUGACUCAAUAUUCAAUUAUCAGAAAUUCUAGCAGUAGUAGAAAAGCCGUUUGAAAUGGGUGACAGCUGAAAAGUAUCAAGAUUACCUUUGUUCUAAUAUUCAUUUGAUCUCUCUUCAACAAUGGUAAAUAUUUCAAUUGCCUUUGAAUGAUGUCUUUCCUGACAUACUGAUGCUUAAUAGCAGCAGCCAAAACUGAUUUUUUUUUUUUUUUUUUUUUGCAGCAGUACUUCUUUUGUUCUUUGUUCAUUUAAUUUUUUUUCUUCUCUUAAGCUUGCAGUUUUUGGUUUUUGUUUGUUUGUUUGUUUGUCCUUCCUCCAUGUGGGUGAAAUAAUCUGAGCUGUCUUUAUUUAGAUGCAUACCAUGUGCAUACAGACUGUACAGUAUCAGGCACAAAAGAAAAAGUCAACUUGAUAAGGAACCAUUUGGAGGAUUGAUUAGAGUUACACUAAUAUAUGAGGUCAGAUGCAAGUUUAUUUUGAACAGUGUUCCUCUCUACAUGGUCUGUACUGUUUACUAGAAUAAACAUUUCAUUUAAAUGAGAA